AUGUCUUCUCUGACUUAUAUCAACGAAGAGGGCGCUGGUCAGAAACACAGUGACCUAUGCCAUUAUUCCCAAGCAGUUAUUUUAGGAAACAUUGUCAAAUGUGCCGGCCAAGGAGGCUGGGAGCAGUCUGGCGCUCUGAAUGCCGACGAUAUUCCCGGCCAAGUGGAUCUCGCUUUCCAGAACGUGGACAGGGUGUUACAGGCAUCGGGUCUUCGCGGCUGGGAAGACGUCUAUUCAAUCCGCAGCUACCAUGUUGAUAUGGGUGCUUCAUUUGACCUGGUUGUCAAAAAGCUCAAGGAGCGUAUCCCGGGUCAUCGACCUAUUUGGACCUCUAUUGCUGUGCCCUCACUAGCGUUUCCAGCAAUGAAAAUUGAGAUUGAAGUGGAGGCCAUUAAACAGACAUGA